GUGUAUGAAGUGUUUUUGUGUUGUAAAUAAUGUUUCGUGUUUAAUUUUUCUGUUGAAUAAAGAAUUACGAAAACUUCAUAACUCAUCGUACUUUUCAACUUGUAGCGUAAUAUCGAACCGAUGGUAAAGUCAAAUAUAUAAUAUUAAUUAUAUGAUUAGUAGAACCAUUUAAAAGUCAAGUUCCACGAUGGGAGGUGAGGGUGACCGUAGUCGUCGUCGCAGUAAUGACAGACACCGUAGUCGAAGCCGCGAGAUGUGCAAAAGCGGUGACAGGGACCGGCACGAUCGCAGUCGAGAAAGGCGUAAGGAAUCCGAGACUGAUCGACGCAAAGAUCACGCUGACCACAGAAACAGGGAAAAAAAUAGGGACCACAGUAGAGAAAGAAAUAGGAACCAUAGUAGGGACCGUGGAAGAAGCUACGUUCGGAGUACCAGAGAAUCAAACAGCCACAAAGAAUUUAAUGGAGGUGGCCUAGGUGGAGGUUUAGGUGGAGGAUCUGGUCCUCUACCUAGGUCUCGCUACAAACCACAAGAAGAAGAAUUUUUGGAUGCAAGAAGAGAGGAGAGGGAAAGGAUCGGGCAAUUAGGGGUGUCUGCAGUCUGGGGCAAGUCUCCACUUCGACCGGAUUCCGAAGAGGAAACGGCCGACAGCAACGGUUCCAAGAGAGGUAAACAAAAGAAGAAAAGGAAGAAGUCGAAAGAUUCAAAAGAAGACACAAAACAGAAGCUGAAAAAGUUGAAAAAAAAAUUGAAGCGCGUCAAAAAGGCACGAAAGAAAGCUAAGAAAAAAUCAAAGAGUCCGAGCGACGAUUCGAGUUCGAGCGGCGAAGAGGAAAUCUGGGUCGAGAAAGGAACGGAGCGCGGCGCGGCGGAGGCGGCGGGCGAGGCGGGCGAGGCGGACGAGGCGGGCGAGGGCGGCGCGUACGGGCCGGCGCCGCGCGUGGGCCCGGCGCUGGGCCCGCGCGACUUCGGGCGCGCGCUGCUGCCGGGCGAGGGCGCCGCCAUGGCCGCGUUCGUGGCCGAGGGCAAGCGCAUCCCGCGCCGCGGCGAGAUCGGCCUCACCUCCGACGAGAUCGCCUCCUACGAGGCCGUCGGGUACGUCAUGAGCGGCAGCAGGCACCGCCGCAUGGAGGCGGUCCGCAUCCGCAAGGAGAACCAGAUCUACUCGGCGGACGAGAAGCGCGCGCUGGCCGCCUUCAGCAAGGAGGAGCGCGCGAAGCGGGAGAACGCCAUCCUGGCGCAGUUCCGCGACGUGCUGCAGGCGCGCACGCAGCGCCACCACUCCGCCUGA